AACAGUCAAACCAUAAUGGCGACUGCUGGGACAGCAGACUCGGGAUCAACAGCCCCGACAGAUAUUAGGACUCAGUUCUGGAGGAGAGCAUUGCAGCGAGGGACCAGCAGCAUCCGAAAAAUGGCCCCUUCAGAGAUACCUGGCUCUUCAGGCACAACUCAGAGUAUGAAGAAGACUAUUGGACACCGGGGUGUUGAGACCACCACAGGAGAGACCACCUAUAAAAAGACCACGUCAUCUGCCCUAAAAGGUGCAAUCCAAUUGGGCAUCACUCACACGGUUGGCAGCUUAAGCCAAAAGGCGGAGAGGGAUGUUCUCAUGCAGGACUUUGUGGUGGUCGAAAGCAUCUUCUUUCCAGGUGAAGGCAGUAACCUGACACCUGCUCAUCACUACAGUGACUUUCGCUUUAAGACCUACGCUCCCAUUGCCUUUCGUUACUUCAGGGAACUGUUUGGCAUUCGACCAGAUGACUAUCUGUAUUCUCUGUGUAACGAGCCACUGAUCGAGCUGUCUAAUCCCGGAGCCAGCGGAUCUCUCUUCUACGUCUCCAGUGAUGACGAGUUUAUCAUCAAGACUGUUCAACACAAGGAGGCUGAGUUCCUCCAGAAACUCCUACCUGGAUACUUCAUGAAUAUAAACCAAAACAAGCGCACUCUGCUUCCCAAGUUCUACGGACUGUAUUGUGUUCAGGCAGGGGGUAAGAAUAUCCGUAUUGUAGUGAUGAACAAUCUUCUGCCUCGGAUCAUCCCCAUGCACCUCAAAUACGACCUGAAGGGCUCCACCUAUAAGAGACGAGCCUCCCCUAAGGAGAGAGAAAAGGCUGUUCCCACUUACAAAGACCUGGACUUUAUCCAGGACUUGCCCGACGGCCUGCUGCUGGAAGCGGACAACUUCAAUGCUCUGUGCAAGACUAUACAGAGGGACUGCUUGCUCUUACAGAGUUUCAAGAUCAUGGAUUACAGUCUGCUGAUGGGCAUCCACAACAUGGACCAGGCUAGUCGAGAGCGGGAGCGUGCUGGAGGCAAUUCGGGGGACAGUGGUGGAUCAGAGGGAGCCGUGACUCCAGAUCAGCGCCGGCCACAAGCCCAGAAAAGUCUGUACUGUACAGCCAUGGAGUCCAUCCAAGGGGAGGCCCGAGGGAAGGGAGCUUUAGAUUCAGAAGACCACAUGGGUGGCAUUCCAGGUCGUAAUACUAAAGGAGAGAGGUUGCUGAUCUACAUCGGCAUCAUCGACAUUCUCCAGUCCUACAGGUUUAUUAAGAAGUUGGAGCACUCCUGGAAGGCCUUGGUCCAUGAUGGGGACACAGUUUCAGUUCACAGACCUGGCUUCUAUGCAGAGCGUUUCCAGCAAUUCAUGUGCAGCACAGUGUUUAAGAAAAUUCCACUAAAACCAUCACCAUCUAAGAAGAGUCGUGGUGGAGGUCCGGGAGGGCUUCGAAGGGCCCCCACCCUGGGAGCUCCAACCCCGCUCUCCCACGCAACAGGACAGUCUGUCGACUCCAGACUGGUGUACCACAGCCACUUUAAAAGCACAGAGUCAGAGGCUGACAGUGGUGUGCAGUCAGACAGACCCGAUCUUGUUCCGAGGACCCCUCCGCUAGUAGACAACCCUGCUGACGGUGAGGCCAACCUGUCCACCUCAUCACUAGGCAGCACAGGAGUUGCCUCCACCUCUCCUCCCCUGCGUUCUGUAGGAGUAGAAGUGCACAAAUCAGCAAACAUGGAUCAUGACCAGGGUGUUUCCCACAGUUUUGGGGCAGAAGUGGCUGAAGACAAUUCUGGCAACCUCUCUGGAAACGAAGAUGUAGUUUCACUAUCAGACAUCGUCCCAGAGACCAACAUCUGUUUUUAAAAAACAGAUUUAGUGCCAUCUAUGGUUGAGGCGCUUCUGGACAACAUGAGGUGGGUGGAAGUAAGGAUGAGGAAAGUGAAAGUCUCCACCGCGGACCCCCUGUUGCACCUAUGUUGUUUUCUCACCCAUACACAUAGUAUAUACAGGGAUCGCUGGAUGAAGCAACGAGGUGCAAUGGAGGUGGUGACAGUGAGGAAACAAUGAUGGGAAGAUCAAGAAGACAGUGUGCGGUAGGCCUUAGACCUUCCCAGCCUCCAACAAAGUCACUGUGCACGCACAUUUUGUCCACACCUUUUCCCAAAGCCUUGACGUCUUUCAUGAACACCUGGAAAAAAAGGUGCACGACCCUGAAUUGACAACUCUUUACUAACCGCGGCAGCAUUAAAUUGAUCAAAAAAGGAUUUUCCUUAAUUUUCACAACUCGUCUGUCUGCUGCAACGUCAUAAUAACCAAAAUAAUUUGUUGUAUAUUAUAAAAAGUCACCAGUGGAUAGUGAAGGCAGUCAAAUUCUCCAUGAAGAGUCAGUCCUUGUGCCCACUUUUCACAGCAUGAAGAGAUGUGAGUGGGCACAGACAGCAUUUCAGCAGGAACACACACACACACACACACACACUUAAGAGCACAUGGAGGGCAUGGCCUGCAAUUGUAGGAGUGAAUGCUUUCCUGUGUGCUCAUGCACAGUCUAAGUGGGUUCACAUUUCUGUGACUCACGCACUAGUGUUCCUGUUCCCGCACAUCCAUUUCCCCUCAGUACGCCUCAUGAGCAGGGGGAACUCUGAGCUAUCAGUGGUCAUUGUUCAAAAUCAACACUCGCUGCUGUCGACUCUGCAAUCACGUAUGCAUUUCUUUUUACUGAUUGUGGAUGUGCAGUAUUUGUUUGAAGUCAGAUUUGGAAACGCUGAAGGAAUGGGUUGAACCAGACAUCUAUGGUAAUUUUGUUCCAUGUUUGGUAAUAAGUUAUUCUGCUGGAAACCACAGUGGUGCUGCAAAGGUCCAUCUAGAUCUUGCCACUGCUGAAUGUACAUUACAAUGUUCUUAUAUAGAAUGUGUCUUAUUAACAUGGCAGACCACAUUUUAUAUAACCCUGAAAAUCUCCCCCUCUGAUGUGACCAUAUGUGCUGAAAUAUAAAUGAAUUCAGAGAGAAGAGCUGUCGGCAGCAUUGCUGGCCCAGUAGAUGCUGUUAAGUGAAGUCAUGGUAUGAACUUAAUAGAACAGUAACAUUCAAGCUACUGUCUGUCAUGUCUGUGCCUUUACAUGUUUCUCCCCUAACGUGAUGUAUAACUGACAUUUUUUACAGGUUAGUCUUGUAGUCACACAGAAACCUGCCUUAUCACUACAGCUGAAGUUGUCAAACUGCCAUUUGUAUGUCUGGACCAACCAAUCAGUUGUCAGGGUUUAAAAGAAUUUCAGAUUUUAAUACAAACACUAAUACAAUCCUUUUUGUUUAUAUGCAUGUCAAGUGAUCAAUCACCUUGGUUCAUCAGCUCAGCUAAACCUUGUAACUGACAUCAGACGAAAAAGAUAUCUGUCUCUUAGUAUUCAUUUCUGCUGGUUACAGAAAUGAAACCCACCCACAUCCACUCUUGGACCAAUAUUACUAAACAUAAAAUUAUUUUUUGUAAAUUGUUUUUUUUUUUUGUUUUUUUUUUGUUUUUUUUUUGUAUGUACUCUUACUAAUCUUUUACUUGGCCGGUUCAUAGAAAUUAAGCCGUGUUUUCACAAAAUGUUUUGUGUUUAUCUUGUUGUUUAGGGCACUAAACAAGCCACCGAUCAUGCUUGGCUGAAAGGGCCCCCCCCCCCCCAUGAGAUAUUUCUGAUAUAGAAAUUUGAACCACAACCAGGUUGAAGUGUCGCAGAACUCAAGAUCUUAGACGUCAUCUCAUUUAUUGGAUUACUGUUAAUGUUUGUUGAGCACAUGUGGUCUGUGCAGCAGAGAGGGAGAAGGGGAAAUGUGAGUUAUGAAUAUAGAAAAGGAGGACAAUUACUCAUGUUCAUCAAUGCACAGUUGAGGAUUCAGGACUGGGCAUUUUGUAUUAUAAGCCAAUCGCAGCACCAAAGAAAAGAGAAGGGAGAUCCUGUGAAUGUUCAGGAUCCAGUAUAGUUGAUAUGAAAAUGAAAUGAGACACUCCUGGACACCUGCAUGGACUGUUGUAAAUGGUAAUAACACUGGGUUGACCUGUGUUUUAAGGAUCUAUUAUUAAACUGGAUGUUUUUUGCUAAAUAAUUUCAUGUCUGAUAGGAUGUAUCUGACAUCGUCCCUGUAAAGAUUUAUUUUUCUUUAUCAAACAAUUAUUUUACUUUGGUCUGGCCUGAGACAUUUCAAGAGGUAACUCCACAUUCCUGUCAAAAGUUUGAUUUACUGCAAUUGUGGUAGCUCUUAGAACCCAUUAUUUACCACCUUUUUGUAGUUGGAAAAAUGUACUUGAAAUUGAUUACUUUUGAUAUACUGAAAUGUAAAAUACUGAUUAUUUCAAACAGAUCAGUUUAAAGUUGUAUUUAUUUGGUUGAGAGUCAAACAGCCACCAAAGAAAAACACUCCAAGAAAAUCUGAUUUGGGAAAAAAAAACAAAAAAAAAGCAGAUUUUAUUUUGUGACAGCUUGAUUUUGAUGUUUUAUGGUAUAACUUCUGUUUUUUGUUUUUUUUGUUUUUUUGUUUGUUUGUUUUUUUAAUGGGUGGUACAGUGAUACAGACCAGUUGUGUCGCAGCGAUGUACUACACCCAUGGCACAAGAGAAACAUCAUCCUUCGGUGCUUAAAAGGCGGUGCACUCAGCAUAGACACUACAAUACAUUUGAAGUAAUGCAAUAUGAACCACAAUCUGUCACCUUUCAGCUCUAGGAAGUAUAUUUAUUAAUGAUUGUUUGCUGUCGGCUGAAAUGAUAAAGUUGUAUUAUGUACCUUAGAUGAUUGUACGUAUACUGUAAACUGACAGAAGGAUGUCUGAAAACUUUAUAGUGUGUAUUGCCUAUGAAGGGGGACUAUUUGACAAUUUCACUUUUUAUAUUUCAUGUUUAGAUUGUGAUAUGAUAGCUAUAUUCUCUCCAUGAUGAUUCUGGGUUGUUAAGCUCCCAUGCUUUUUCUACAUGAAUGUUUCACACGGCUUACGAGCCAAUGUUGCUGGUUGUCCUAUAUGCUUCAAUUACUAUAUUUUUACUGUGUAUAAAAUGUGUAUAUGUACAUAGGAGUCACGGAAAUGCCUUCUCAUGCAAUAUGUGCUGCCUGUCCCUCCUGCCAUGUUUCAGUUAUGUGGUGGUGAUGUUCUCAUGUCUGAUUUUAAAGGAUUAAACAUAUUUUCUAAAUCUUG